AUGUCCAACUACCUACAAUUCACCAAGACACUUCAUAUUACGAAACCCACAUUAUACGGCGAAUGGCACAAUGGUCCAGCUCUUUUAGAAUUGAUAGAUAAAUUCUGUGAUAAUUUACGCAUACUGGAUUUCACAAUGGCCGGGUCUUCCAGUUGGUGUGCAUAUCUCCCCAAAAUUCCCCAGGUUACAUGUGUGCGGGGUCGCUCGAAAGAUAUAUCUGAAACUGCUGCAGCCAGUUUUGCAGAGUUCAGGAUAGAUGAUCUAUCUAACAGCUUUACAAAUCUGCAGGAAGUUUCACUAUCAGGGUUGCAAGUAUGUUUUAAUCGUAAAGCCGAUACUGAUCCAUUACCACUUCCGAAACUGACUACACUGUCCCUCAACGAUUGUAGCUGGGAAUAUCCAAGUCAAAUCGAUGAUCUAGGUUCUGUAACAGAUCUUAGAGUUGUCUACUCUACUCAUCAUUUUACCCACUCGGAGCGAUUAAGAACUUUUGCACUGUCGCCUCCCAAGACCCUAAAAUCACUUGUCAUAGAUAUCAAAAGUGCAUAUUCAGAUGAUAAUCCUACUGAUGUAGCCUGGCAGCCUUUAUUAAAGCAUCAAUGUAAAGGACUAGUAUCAUUAGAAGUGCGUGGAUUCAACUUUCCGGGCGAAGAGUUUUUUCUUGCUCUACCUGCUGCGUUGACCAAACUCAAGAUAUCAUGUCGUUCUGGAAAGCAGCUCUCUACAAGCUCGUGGUUGAUUCUUAAACAGCACAAGCGUCGCAAUCAAUCUUUCAGCAUGUUGUUAAACAACGAAUUAGUGAGACUAUGA